AAAAACAAAUGUCAGAUGCAUUCACAACAUUCAUAAGUAUUUAUUAUGAUUGAAAUUCAUAAUUUAAUAUCACGUGUUAAAUUUUAUUAUGCGAAUUUACUUAAAUAAAUAAACACGAUAUUUUGACAAUAUUUUAUUUUAAAAAAUAACAAUAAUUAACAUAAACAAUUGAUCUCAGAAUUGAGUAAGUUUGAAGUUCAAUUUAAAAUACCAAAUCGGUCUACAAAAAAAAAUAAUGAAACCUUCAAUAGACGUGGAAUCAUUGCGCACAGAGCACGAGUCCGACGAACAAUGGGAAGUUCGCCGUAACUUCAUGUUGGAACAUAAAGAUGAUUUCGAAGAAGCAGAAUUGAUCACAUUGGCUCAGUUAUUCACCAAUAUAGAAUUUUUAGGUUGCAGAUACCCACCUCAGACAAUGAAGCGGAUAGCGAAACUGUCAGAAAAAGUCUCGGCAAAAUACAGGGAAAGCAGGAAGAACAAACUAAAGAGGACAUUUGUAGAAGCUAGUGACGCGGCAGAACAAAAAGCUAAAAGGACAUUUAAAUAGAUAUAUGAAUAUAGAAAGA